GUCAAGUGGCGCGAGAAGCCGGUCUUCAUCCGCAAGCGCACCCCGGAUCAAAUCACAUCCGCCAAGAAGGAUGAUAUCGUGGCACCCUCCAUGCGGGAGCCAGCCACUGAUGCAGAGCGUUGCAAGAGGCCCGAGUGGCUGAUCUGCAUCGGUGUCUGCACUCACCUGGGCUGCAUCCCCCAGCCUGAUGCUGGCAACUACGGUGGCUACUUCUGCCCUUGCCACGGUUCUCAUUACGACUAUGCUGGCCGAAUUCGCCAGGGCCCUGCACCGAAGAACCUGGAGGUUCCUCCGCACUCCUUCCUGGACGAGAACACUGUGAAGUUGGGAUAG